AGCCUCCAGAGACCACACCCUGUGUCUCCUGUCCCUCCAGGCAGUCUCUGGAGCUCUGCCCAUGAGCACAGUUGCAGCCUCCAGGAGGAGAUGCCAUGACCUUCACCGUCACAGCCCUGCUCUGUCUGGGACUGACUCUGGGCCUGGGGACCCCAGUGCUGGCAGGGGCCCUCCCUAAGCCUGUCCUCACAGUACAGCCAGACUCUGUAGUCUACAAGCAGACUACAGUAACCUUCUUCUGUGAGGGGACCACAGGAGGCAAAGCAUACAGACUCUAUAAAGAGGGAAACCAAAGAAUAAGGCGCACAGACUUUCCACAACAAAAGCCUAAGGACAAGGCUGAAUUCUCAAUCUCAAAAAUAGACCACAACCAUGCAGGACGAUAUCACUGUCAAUAUCAGAUCUACGAUGGAUGGUGGUCAGAGUUCAGUGACUCCCUGGAGCUGGUGGUGACAGGAGUCUACAGUAAACCCAGCCUGUCAGCCCAGCCCAGCCCUGUGGUGACUGAAGGAGGGAAUGUCACCCUCCAGUGUGGCUCAGGGCAGUCAUAUCACAGUUUUGUUCUAACUAAGGAAGGACCUCAGAAGCUCUCCUGGACACUGGACUCACAGUAUAACCUCUAUACUGGACAGUUCCAGGCCCUGUUCUCUGUGGGCCCUGUGACCUCCAGCCAAAGGUGGACAUUCAGAUGCUACAGCUUUAACAAGUACAGACCACAGGUGUGGUCAGAACCUAGUGACCCCCUGGAGCUCCUGGUCUCAGGAAUCUACUACAACAAACCCAGCCUGACAGCCCUACCCAGCCCUGUGGUGACCUUAGGAGGGAACAUGACCCUACAGUGUGUCUCAAAGGAGGGAUAUGAUAAAUUCGUUCUCACCAAGGAAGAUCAGAAAUUCCUCAGCUCUCUGAACUCACAGUUUAUACACAGUAUUAUGCAGUACCAAGCUUUGUUCUCUAUAGAUCAUGUAACACCAGACCACAGAGGGACAUUCAGAUGUUAUGGUUACUACAACCAAACUUCACAGUUGUGGUCAAUACCCAGUGAGCCCCUGAAAAUACACAUCUCAGGUCUGUCCAGGAAGCCCUCCUUGCUGACUCACCAAGGCCAUAUCCUGGACCCUGGAAAGAGCCUCACCCUGCAGUGUUGCUCUGACAUCAACUAUGACAGAUUUGCCCUGUUCAAGUUGGGGGGAGAUGACCUCACCCAGCAUGAUGGCCAGUGGACUGAGGCUGGCCUCUCCAUGGCCAGUUUCACACUGGGCCCUGUGAGCAGCUCUACUGGAGGCCAAUAUAGAUGCUAUGGUGCACACAACCUCUCUUCUGAGUGGUCAGCCUCCAGUGACCCCCUGGACAUCCUGAUCACUGGACAUUUUCCUGUCAGUCCUUUCGUCUCAGUGAAGCCUGACUCCACAGUACACUCUGGAGACAACGUGACCCUGCUGUGUCAGUCAACAUACCCGGUGGACACUUUCAUUCUGUCCAAGGAGGGAGCAGCCCAACAACCACAGCGACUAAAAUCAAUGUUUCAAAUCUGGGAGUUCCAGGCAGAAUUCUCCUUGAGUGCUGUGACCUCUGACCUCUCAGGCACCUACAGGUGCUAUGGAUCUCAAGGUUCAUCUCCCUACCUGCUGUCAUAUGGCAGUGCCCCUGUGGAGCUCAUGGUCUCAGGAUCCAUUGGAGCCUCCAGCCUGUCACCCUCAAGGCCCAUGCCAACAGAUGCCUCAAAGAACCAGGAUCACACAGUGGAGAAUCUCAUCAGGAUGGGAUUUGCUGCCAUGAUCCUCAUAGUCCUUGGGAUUCUGGUCUUUGGAGCUUGGAGCAGCCAAAGGCAGGCCCACCAUGCAACUGAGAAGUAAUCAGAGAAGAAAGAAGUACAUCUCUCAAGGUUCCAGAGCCUUGGAAAUAAAUCUGAUGAUCCCAAGAAUUCUGUAAGAAAAUCCAGUUCUUACACUGAGGAACUGGAGAGAGAAUGUCCAGGGAACAAAUGUGUUUUGGGUGCAGAGGUAACCUUGGGUAUGAUGAGAUCCUUCCUCAGCAAAUGAGUUUACAUCCCUCCACCUACUGUGGGUGUUUGCUGACUAAACCAACUCCUUUAUUGAUCUAUAUAGUGAGGGAAUAUCCUGUCUCAUCUGCCAGGCUUCCAUCCUCAUUUUUGUACAUUCCCCUCCAUGUGUAAUUUUCCAUUUUUAAUAAAUUGCCACAUUCUCUAUGGCAGAAGCUUCUCUCUGUUGAACUAGAAAUAAAGAAUGUGCCUCAAUAACAAAAUAGACAAGUAAAGUCAGAGCCCAGAAUUCAAAGUCACUCUGCCUGUGAUGUCUCAAAACUCUCUUUGUGACCCUCCAUUCUUUCAGACUUCAACACAUGUUCUUCAUGGAGUUUCUCUUGAAAUAUAAAGCCAAUGUCACCCCACUGGUAGAACAAAGACUAGCUGGCAAGACAAUGUGGGUAGUACAUUGAAAGUGUUUUCUUAACACAAAUUUCUGAUUUAUAGCAAUUGCUAACCACUGCAAACAUCCCCAUCAAAGAAACCUUCACAACAGCAAAGUAGUAUCACAGGUGUGAGGGUGGUGAGUUUUGAAUGGAAUUGGUGUUUUUCGUUUCAUUUUCCACUGUCUAUUUCUCAUAUAUGAAAAAGCAAUUGGCUUGCAGAUCAAUCAUCCCAGAUUCACCUUGCUAGAAAGACUUAUUCUACAAUUCAUAAUUUCUACAUAGACAAUCACAUUAUGUUCAAACAAUGACAGUGCUAUUUCUCUCUCUCUCUCUCUCUCUCUCUCUCUCUCUCUCUCUUUCUCUCUCUCUCUCUCUCAUCCUAUACUUCUGUUUCUGUAUUAGCUAAGUCUUCAAGUACAAAGCUGAAAAUGUGUGAAGAGAGGUGACUCUUAAUUUCUUCAAGACUUAAUGCAAAAUUUCUGCUUUUUCACCAUUCAGUAUGAUACUAACAUUGGUAUUUUGGUACAUUAAUUAGUCUGACUCAGGAGGUUCCCUGUGUCAAAUUUCCUGUGACUGUUCAUGAUGAAUGGCUGUGGGACACUGACAAAUACUGACUCUUCAUCAAAAACUGCCUCCAUUAUGUAUGUUUUUAAUUUUAACCUUGUUACUAUCAUCAAUACCAUAUAUGUUCAAUGUUGGAUGGGAUUUACAUGAAUGGAUAAAUUCUACUUUUUCA